GCGCGAUUAAAUCCCCUAAAAUCAAAUGACCACUCCAUUGUUGCAAGCCAAUUCAUUGUUAAAUGACUUCAUAAUUACGAAAUGUAGUACUGAAAUGAAAACCGAGUGAAUGAAAAGCCUUGAUUUACCAUAAACUGCAGAUUAGCAAAGGUAAUCGAUCGGUGUCGUAUUUCAACAUAAUAAUCAAAGUGAUAGAGGAUUCAUUUUUGCGGACGAAAAAUAUGCAACGUUCACGGACAAUUACGAUUUGGAUGCUCUAUGUUUUGAUACUAGGGAGAGAAUAUGUUUCGUCACAGACGGGGACUGACAUUAAGAACCUGUACACCUACCUCUUCACAACCCUCAAUUAUAACAAGGAUAUACGGCCAGCGACUGACCAGACCGCCGCCACCGAUGUGUCAAUGGAACUUCUGUUGACGGGGUUCCAUGGACUCCACGAAGCCACGCAACAGAUGAGUUCAAUGGGGAUUCUAACUAUCAAAUGGAAGGACGAAUUCUUGACAUGGACGCCGUCAUCUUAUGGAGGGGCCACCUAUAUCGACGUUCCCCAGGGAAAGAUUUGGAAACCAGAUCUGCAGAUUCAAAACGGUAUGACUAGUUUUUCCGAACUGGGAGGCAGUUUCAUGAGCUUGCGUAUAUUUAGUACUGGGGAUGUGUCUUGGCAACCGUAUAAAGUGUUUAAUACGAAGUGUUUGAUAAACAUCGCGUAUUUCCCAUACGACCGACAACAAUGUUCAAUAAAAAUUGUGGCAUGGAAUAGCGACAGUACAACGGUUAACCUAACGAAAGGAGCCACCCCGUUCACGCUAGACGACGAAUUGAACGACGGUCAAUGGGCCAUUUCAGACCCCACCGCUAACACCUUAGUUGACGAUGGAAGUUCCUUGAUAAUAUACACGCUAGAUUUCGUUCGAAAGCCGAAGUUGUUUCUAGUAUGCUGCCAAGUUCUUCAACAACAACGUCUUAUUUGGAAGUUUAUCUUCUUCUGGGUCUGACUCUUGGAACGCUGAUUCUUAUCAUAGUAGCAAUAUCGCUACGAAUCCAGCAGUUCUCACAGGAAAG